CUGUUGCAGGAGGGGGGCAGCUCCGCGGUGCCCAGCGCCCGCCCCUGAGGAGGGGGCCCGGCCUGCAAGGUCGUCUUAUCUGCUGUCCUGUCGCAGCAGGGACCCUCGAAGGAAUGGGACCGGAGCCUACCCCAUCCUGACAGCUGCCCCAUGCUGCUCCCCUCCCCCGUUCUCCUCGCCCCGUGAUAAUGGAUGAGUGGAAACCCAACGCUCCAGCCAAACAGUUUGUCCUGCGGAAAAACCGGAGCUGGUACCUCGCCUGGAAGUACAAGCUGAUGAAUCAGAGAGCUGUCAGGCGGCUAUGCCAGAUGGGUGCCGUCCUCUUUCUGCUUGUGACUGUGAUUGUGAAUAUUAAGCUGAUCUUGGACACUAGAAGAGCUGCCAGCGAAGAGGAGGAGGAGUCUGCCCAAGACUAUGAUGAAGGUGUGCAGCAUCUGGAGACCCCGCGCCGCCCCACCAGCAGCAGGAAGGUCUUGGACAUCGAGGUGUACUCCAGUCGGUCGAAGGUCUACGUGGCUGUGGACGGGACGACGGUCUUGGAAGAUGAGGCUCGGGAGCAGGGAAGAGGGAUCCACAUCAUUGUGUUAAAUCAGGCUACGGGUCACGUGAUGGCCAAGAGGGUGUUCGACACCUACUCACCCCACGAAGACGAAGCCAUGGUCCUCUUCCUCAACAUGGUCGCUCGUGGUCGCAUCCUGAUCUUCUCCAUUAAGGACGAAGGCUCCUUCCACCUUAAAGACUCGGCAAAGAGCCUCCUGAAGAGCUUGGGAAGCCAGGUCGCCUCGUCCCUCAGCUGGAGGGACAUGUGGAGCUUUGUGGGGAAGAAAGGAGGCGAGGUGUACGGCGAGAAGCAUUCCAAGUCCCCAGUGCUCUCCACGUGGGGGGACCCCGUCUUGCUGAAAACUGAAGUCCAGCUGACCUCCGUGGAAGAUGCCGAGUGCCGCUGGCCCGACACGGAGCUGAACCGCCGCCGGCGGAGGUUCUGCACCAAGGUGGAAGGUUACGGCAGCGUCUGCAGCUGCAAAGACCCCACGCCCAUCGAGUUCAACCCUGAUCCCCUCAAGGACAAUAAAGUCUUUAAUGUGCCUGUGGCUGUCAUUGCAGGGAACAGACCCAACUACCUGUACAGGAUGCUGCGGUCCCUGCUGUCGGCUCAAGGGGUCAACCCCCAGAUGAUCACAGUCUUUAUUGACGGGUAUUAUGAGGAGCCGAUGGACGUGGUGGAGUUGUUUGGCCUGAAAGGGAUCCAGCACACGCCCAUCAGCAUUAAAAAUGCCCGAGUGUCUCAGCACUACAAGGCCAGUCUGACUGCAACCUUCAACCUGCACCCGGAUGCCAAGUUUGCUGUGGUGCUGGAAGAAGACUUGGACAUCUCCAUCGACUUCUUCAGCUUCCUGAGCCAGUCCAUCUAUUUACUGGAGGAGGACGACAGCCUGUACUGCAUCUCGGCUUGGAACGAUCAGGGCUAUGAGCACACGGCUGAGGACCCCUCGCUCCUGUACCGCGUCGAGACCAUGCCCGGCCUGGGCUGGGUGCUGAGCAAAAGCCUCUACAAGGACGAACUGGAGCCGAAAUGGCCAACCCCCGAGAAGCUGUGGGACUGGGACAUGUGGAUGCGGAUGCCGGAGCAGCGGAAAGGCCGGGAAUGCAUCAUCCCUGACGUCUCACGCUCGUACCACUUCGGCAUCGUGGGGCUCAACAUGAAUGGCUACUUCCACGAAGCCUAUUUCAAGAAGCACAAAUUCAACACAGUCCCGAACGUGCAGCUCAAAAACGUGGAGAGCCUAAAGAAGGACGCCUACGAGAUUGAAAUUCACCGGCUCCUGGGCGAGGCUGCAGUUCUGGAUCACAGCAAGAACCCAUGCGAGGACUCCUUCCUGCCCGACACCGAGGGCAAGACCUACGUGAUGUACAUCAGGAUGGAGCAGGAAGCCGACUUCACCACCUGGACUCAACUUGCCAAGUGCCUCCACGUCUGGGACCUGGACGUCCGCGGGAACCACAAAGGCUUGUGGCGUCUCUUCCGCAAGAAGAACCACGUCCUGGUGGUGGGCGUGCCCGCCUCCCCCUACUCGUCGAAGAAGCCCUCCACGGUGACCCCGAUCUACAUGGAGCCCCCCGCCAAGGAGGAGGUGGCCGGGCAGGUGGCAGCGGCAGAGCAGACGUGAGCCGGAGAGGUCUCCACGGCACCACCGCACACAGAGAGGAGAGGGGGCAGCGCUUGGGAGAGGCUGGGUACUUCCAGUGCGGGUGGGGUAGGGACUCCGCUACGCCCCAGGAUGGGCAUGUGCUCCCCAGAUGGAAGACGGGGCACAGGACCCUGCCCCUGCCUGGGGACUGGCUGCUGUCUCUAUGGGACCCCGCAGCGCUGCCCUGUAGGAUGACACCCACACGGGCUCUCUUUUUAACACUGACUCUUUACUAACUUUGCCGCCCCCCUUAGGAGGCGGCAUUUUAAAUGCACUGGCUCCUUUGAGGCCCUCUCUGCCCCACGGCGGGAUGGCAGGGGAAUUUUGUAGCCCAGGAAGUGCUGAUGCCCUCGGCCUGGAUUUUAUUUAUUAACUCUUGUGUGGCUGGCUCGGCCUGGGCCAGGCUCUUCCAUCCGACGGCUCCGCCCUGGGCCGGCAGUACCCUGGAGGUCUGAGCCAAGGUGGGUGAAACGCCUUGUCCUCUGCCUGGUUUGUGGGGCAGAGAAGGGACGUGGUACGGCCCAGCUCUAGAGAGGUUUGGGGAUGGCACUGGUGAAAGGCAUCUGGAGGAACAAGGAUCGGGGGAAAUGUGGCCUGUCUCUUUAAAUGGAAUUCUCUCUUCCCCCCC